CUAAUCCUUAACAGUGAAAACUUCAGUACCGACCUAGAGGAUAUAAAGUCUUUGUUUUCUAAAUUUCACUUCUAAAUUCAAGCAGUUGGUAAUCUUUUCACAACUGGAAAAAUAUUUUUAAUUCAUUCUAACUUUAAACCUGCUUGAGUUUCACAUGGAUAAUUACGUCAGUGAUGAAGACACAGACAAUGACUUGGACACCCAGCUCACCAUUCAGCAGAGUUUACAGGAUAUUUACAAGCCAGGAACAACCCAACAUGCACCUGAUGAGAGCUUUCAUUCCUUUUUGAGUGCUUACUAUAAGAAGAUAAUUGAAACAAUAGAGACAGGUGAGGAAGAUGCAUUGUCACACUUAACCAAGUACCAUUCUGCUUUUGAUGAAGCAGAUGGGAUAGGGUGGACUCUCUUGCAUAAGGCUGCAGUACAAUUAAAUAAGAACAUUUUAGAAAUAACCCUGAAAGCUUCAAAAACCAGUGUAUGGGAGCAAACCACCCAUAAUGGUGAAACACCACUUUUUCUGGCUGUCAGCAAUUGCCUCUUAGAAAAUGCCAGUUUUCUUCUUCUCAAUGGCUGCAAUCCAAAUGCUAAGAAUUUCGAAGGCAAUUCUCCUCUUCUUACAGCUGUUCUACGUGACUCCUAUGACAUGGCUACCUUGCUGAUCAGCCACGGAGCGGAUGUAAAUCUACGAUGUGCCAAUGACAGGACUGCUCUCCACGAGGCAGCCAAACUGGGCAGACAGGACAUGGUGAAGCUUAUGCUGGUUUCUGGGGCACACCCUGACCCCCGGAGCACCUAUGGAUUCACUCCACUUGCUCUUGCUGCCCAAAGUGGACACACUGAAAUUAUGGCAUUAUUACUGCAGAAAGGCAAGAUUUUCUAUAUAGCCUCUGAUUCAUCUUCCAUAUUACUUGAAGCUGCUAGAGGAGGAAAUCCAGACUCUGUGACUCUCUUGCUAGAGUAUGGAGCUGAUGCCAAUAUACCUAAGAAUUCAGGCCACCUGCCCAUUCAUGUGGCAGCUGACAGAGGACACUUAUUAGUUCUAAAGAUAUUGAUUCCAGUUACGGACCUUGCUGCCAUUAAGCGGAGUGGGAUCAGUCCAGUUCAUUGUGCAGCAGCAGGAGCACACCCUCAAUGCCUGGAACUUCUCAUCCAGGCUGGAUUUGAUGUGAAUUUCAUGCUAGAUCAGAAAAUUCGUAAACAUUAUGAUGACCAAAGGAAAUCAGCUUUGUAUUUUGCUGUAUCAAAUGGUGACCUCUCUUCAGUUAAGCUGCUUCUGGGAGCUGGAGCUCUGCCUAAUCAAGACCCAGUUAACUGCCUGCAGAUAGCCCUUAGGAUGGGUAACUAUGAGCUCAUAAGUCUACUGCUAAGACAUGGUGCCAACGUCAAUUACUUCUGCAGAGUCAACCCUUUGCAUUUCCCAUCAGCACUGCAAUACACACUAAAAGAUGAAGUCAUGCUCAGGAUGCUGUUGAAUUAUGGGUAUGACACAGAGCGAUGUUUUGAUUGUCCUCAUGGGGAUAAAAUUCAUCCUUUCUAUACUUUUGAAGGCUGGACAUCUACAGUUAUUAAAGAUACUAUGUUCUGUGAAGUAAUAACUUUAUCAUGGCUGCAGCAUCUCUCUGGAAAGGUUGUUCGAGUGAUGCUUGAUUAUGUUGAUCAAGUUCAAAUCUGCUCAAAGUUGAAAGCUGUGCUCCAAAAACAGGGGCUCUGGUCAGAAAUACAUUUUAUCUUGACAAACCCUCGUUCCCUAAAACAUUUGUGCCGCCUAAAGAUCCGCAAGUGUAUGGGGCGUUUGCAUUUACGCUGCCCUGUCUUCAUGUCAUUUCUUCCAUUGCCCAAUCGUCUAAAAGCAUACAUCCUUUACAAAGAAUAUGACCUUUACGGACAAGGAGUUUUUACAGAAACCUGGUAAUCAUAUUAUUCUACAGGAAAAGGUAUAAUUUUGCAGCUUAUUUUUUUCAAAUGGGAUUUGUCUUCUAUGAUUCAUAUUUUUUGCUUUACCCAGUAACUAAAAUCAGUCUACGUUCUUUAAGUAGUUUCUCUGAAUAUGGCCUUUCAACAUAUAAAUGGCUAUAAGUCCAAAGUUAGUUUUAAGAAAAGCAAAACCCAACUAGUGAAUAUUUUAAUUAACUAAAUACACCAGUUUUUUGUUUUUGUGGUUCUGGGGAUUGAACCAGGGCCUGGAUCAUGCUAGCCAAGCACUCUACCAUUGGACCAUAAUGCCAGCCCUAUAUACCAGUUCUAAUUCUGUAGUGAUCUUACAUUAAGUGUAUAAAUGUGCUCAAAAUAAUGGAUGCCAUCUCUGACAAUUGGAGAUUCUUUUUUAAAUAGAGAAGUAUUAGUGAUUGUAUUGAAUAUAUACUGACUCCAUUACAUGCCCUGGAAGUAAACUAUUUGUGUGCAGAAAUCACAGUUGUUUUUUUUUUGUUUUGUUUUUUUGGGUUCUCAAGAUUGAACCCAGGGGGCUCUACCAUUAGGAUAUAUCCCUAGCCUUUUUCACUUUUUAUUGAGACAAGGUCUUGCUAAAUUGCUAAGGUCAGGCUUGCACUUGUAAUCCUCCUGCCUCAAGUAGCUGAGAUUGCAGGCAUGCACCACCAGGCCUGGCAUUGUUUCUUUGUAGUCAAGUACAGGGAUGGAGUAAUUCAGUUAAUUCAAAUAGAUCGUUCAAUUAAAACUUCAUCAUUAAUAGGAAACACAUAUUCCCUCCUGCCUUCUUUCCAAAUAUUUUUGGUUAUGGUUUACCACUUAUUGGUUAAUAUAAUUAAUUCAAUGGGAAUUAAAAAGGGUUUUCAAAUGGAUAGGCUUAUGGUUUCUAUACUGAACCUAGUCGGCUAGUGGACAUGGAGGGUUUCAAUGAUUACAGAAGAUGUCAGAUUAAAUUAUUUCUUUAUAUUCUCUACUGCAUGUGAAUAUAGAAUAUUAAGUUCCAUUUUUUAUUUCUAUGCAUUCUAAGUUGCAUCUAAGUUCAAGUUUCUGUAUGUGGAUAGUACAGAAAGAAACUGAGAAAUAUUCAUUCAGUCACAUCUAUGUCAAGUUGAGAGAGCACAUCAAAAGGACAACAGAGAAUGAUGUAGUUCAUUUUCUCCACAGUUCCAUUAACUAUACAGCUUUGAUUUUUACAUAUUUAGUUUUAACAUUUUUUAGCAUAAUAUAGUCCAUUUUACUGCAACUAAAACUGUAUGAUUUCUGAUGCAAUAAUUGAUUCAUGGUUAUAAAGACUACUUCAGUAAGCAGAAGAUUUAGAAUUAUAUUUAGCUUUUUACAUUUAAAAUGUGCAAAACUGGCUAACACGAAGUUUUGUUUUUUUUUUUUUUUAAUCUCAUGUGCUUAUAACGAAGUGGUAGUUUAUAUAUAUGUAUAUGUGUCAAUAUACAAAAAUACAUUUAGGAUAUACAUGUACUUAGAUAAAUUACAUAAUUCUAAAAUUAAUUUCAUCUAAUCCCUUGACUUUCUGAAAGUAUAUACAUUUUUAUAAAAUUCAAAAACAAAUUAGAACAUAAAAUU